CCUCAAGUGUGAUAAAGCUGCGAAAGAAUAGAUCAAGCCGAGCUACUUCUAACCUCCUCGUAUUUCUCUAUCCGGCUUCUUUCUUCGACCCAAUGGCAACGACGACGAAGUCCAAAGCAAGCGGGAAACCGCCCCGACAGAACCCAGGGCCGGCAUGUCAGCAAUGUAGGAUACGCAAAUUGCGUUGUGACCGACAAUCACCGUGUGCUGGGUGUGUUGAUUCAGGGGUUCCGUGUCAUACCGACUCAACCCCACCCCAACGUGGUCCUAAACGAGGCCAUUUAAAGGUUUUGAGAUCUAGGAUAGCCGCGCUCGAGCAAAAGAUAGGCGAACAAGACUCUGGACCGGGGCUUUUCACACCUGCUGCUUCUGAAUCUCAGUUCAACCCAGACGAUAACAGCGCCCAGGACCCAAUAACUCCUCCACAUCCACCAAGUGUCCCCGAUAAUUCACCUCCAGAAGGAAGCAUGUUAGAACUACCGGUUCCCGUUCAGCCUCAAUUAGCACACUAUGAGUUUGUCCAAGGGCAAGGAUAUCUGGAGCCAACCAGACUGCCUAUACCCUCAUUGACGCGUGCUGAUCUUGACCAACUAUUUUUCGAUCGGAUCAACCUCUUCCUUCCCAUAGUACAGCAAUAUCGGUACUCCAAACGGUCUAGGGCUCUGCAGGUAUCGUCUUCGCACAUAUGCCUCCAGUACGCAAUGUGGACCUUGGCCGCGGCGUUGUCAUCGCAAUUUCAUCACUUGCGUGACACACUGUAUCGUGACACCCUCGAAAACUUGGCACGUAGCCCUACCGAGGAUGAUGCAUCAUGCCUAGAACACACACAGGCAUGGAUUCUUGUCGCCGUGUACGAGUUCAUGCAGGCUCCUUUCCAGCGUGCGUGGAUAAGUGCUGGGCGUGCCAUCCGCCUGGUACAGCUGAUGAGACUCAAUGAAAUCGACAAAGGUACGGAUCACGAAAUGAAUACCGAAGCCUUUAUCGAAAACGAGGAAAAGAGACGGACAUUCUGGAUGGCGUUCUGCUUUGAUCGCUGCAGCUGUGUAUUGGAGGGACUAUCCUUAACGUUGAAUGAGCAAGAGAUAUCCACACGCCUGCCUUGCUCCGAAGAGUCUUUCCAGAGUGGAACACGAGUUACGAUGCCGUUCCUUUCGGAAGUCUUGACGACGACAGAUCCCACCCUGAUGUCUCCCUUCGCUGAAUCCAUCAUCUUUACCACUCUAUGGGGUCGAAGCUUCAUACACCAACGACAAUCCGCCGCCGAGAAUAGCUUUAGCAAUGCGUCUAGAGACUUCUGCGAGCGCCAAAUUUGGCUCGAUGAUAUCCUUAAUCGUCGGAUCCAAAAGCUCCAACAGGAUUAUAUGGCUGCAUCUGUCAAAGUCGAUGCGAUGCUGCUCUAUACGAGCAUGAUCGCGCAGACAACCGCUCUUCUGUUAUGUAAAACUGCCGAGUCCAUCCCCUCAUCAUCUCCCAGCAAUCUUGAUCUUCUUUCGAGAUACCAGCGGAGGGGUCCAGCAGCUGCGAAAGAGAUCGUUCGUCUAGCUCAGUACCUCCCACACUUUAGUUUCUUCAAGGUCCACCCAUUUACGCCGAUUCCAUUAUAUCUAUGUCGGCAAUUCUUGCUGGUUUUGAGAAGUAGCGAUGACUCUCAGGCCGAGGAUUUAGCGGUGGUUAGUGAGGCUCUCCGGGAACUAAAGGGAGUUAAUGGAUUGUGUCAAAAUCGGUUAGAAUUGGACUUCUCGAACGUGGAUAUGUCAGACUUGCAAGGGUCUCCUGGGACAAUCAUGGAGUUCCUUGAGAACUACAUGGCAACAUGAGCUUAUGCAAAGUAUUAUUUAGAAUCGUCAAAUGGAAUCAUGUUACAUCAAUUUGCUGGCCUGACACUAGUUGCUAUUAGGUACCUGGGUAUAUAUGCGCGCGAUUCAUUAAUCUCUGACUUAGGACUGAUGUUUGGUGCGAUUAAUCUGCUUGGCCGAUCGGAACUGCUCCGGAAACCAAUAUAGAUCGGUAAUGAAUAACCCGCCAUUCAGCAAACCGCGCGCAUAGAUUUCUAGCGACUUCGAACCCGAGGAGGUUAUUCUGUCUCCAGGGUCUCUAUGAUUAACCAGUUCGCUCAUUUACAAAGGCACCAGUACUGGUAUCGUCAGGUACGUUAUGAUCUAACA